AUGAGGCGACUGUUGUAUUUUGAGGACGUUUUCCCUUUCUGCCUUGCCAUUCUCUUGGCGGGCGGCUUCCUGGAGCCGAUUUUCUCCCAAGAAUCUGGGGACAUCUCUUCGAGCACCGGGCAACCACAGACCUGCGACAGCCAAGAGCGGGGACCUGGCUCGCUUGCCUCAAACCUUGAUUUGACUCUCAGCCCCGAUUCCGACAGCAUUUCGUUCAAGUGUAGUUCGACUCAAAAAACAACGAUAGCACCGGAAAAAGAGCAAGUGUUCACAAAUCCGGCGUGCUCACGGCCUGUAACGCUGACGUCGUUGUUUACUGGUGCUAAGUUAGCUGAAGACGGGAGUGAAGAGGGAAAGAAAACGUACACACUGACUAUCCCAAAUGACUCACGCAAAGCGACAGAGCAGGAACUGUUCUACAAAUGUACCGUGCAGGCAGACGACAGUGACAAAAAAGUGAGUGUUUACACAUCAGCUCAAGCUGGAACCGAGUGUACGGUCAAAAUUACCGUUGCGGGUGUCAAAAAAGAGCCUGCACCUGAGCACGGUGACGAGCAACAAACAACUAUCAUCGAAUGUGCCAGUACUGAGGCCACCAAGGAGGCGAGUGUAUCUGCAGAAUCUCCUCUCAGCUUCAGAUGUGGAACGGGACUCACCCUCCAGCCGGAAGCGUUGACAAACGCCUUUGAUGGACAGGACGGGGCGUGCGCCACUGAAGUUGCCCUGCAGACUCUCGUCGAUGCCACAUUAAAAAAGACCGAAACAAACGGCGCAGAUGCCGUCAAGCCAGUGUACCAGCUUGCCGUUCAGACGACUCCAUCUGUAGACACAGCUUUUUGCUACAAGUGUGCACCGGCAUCUGGUAACUCCGACAGCAGGACCACAUCGGCAGAAGGAUCUACUGAGGGUACGUGCCUUCUUAAAGUAUCUGUGAAGGGGAGCGCAUCUUCUGCAUCUGCAAGGCGGAAAGCUGCUCAGGGGGGAGUCGCUAUGUUUGUUGCAGCACAAAUAUUGCUCGGUCUUCAGUUCGCCUUGGUUUGA